AUCCGACUUCUUCGGCUACCAAACUCCCACGCACGGUCGCUUUGUUUCCUUCCACUCUCGCUCUUUCCUCUAUUUGUCUUCCAACUGCAAAACGGUCCCUCCAAUGAAAACACUCAUCUCCUUUACUAAUCCACCUGCCCAUUGCCUUCCUUUCAGUUCCGUCUCUUGGUCAGAUUUGGAAGUGAAAACACUGAAGCAUGGCAUUGGCGCACAGUCUCUCUGUCUGUACCAUGAUGAAAAUAUUGGUAAUUCGUGUCUCAGAUCAGGACUUACUUGUCAUCCACGGUUUCACAGGAGAAGGGUGGGUGUUGUAAAUUUACGUGGUGUAGCUCCGGCGAAAAUUUGGUCCACUAGCAGCAAGUCCUGUAGAAACUUCUGUUGUUUUGGGUCAAGGCGUUCAACACUGCUCUCCUGGAGGACAGAAAAGCUUUCUUCUUCAUGUGGUCCCAGCACAAGUAAACGCGAGGGAAAACAGAUACUUGACUUUGUGGUUGAAAAGGUACUGAUUGUUCUCAAAGAAUGGAGGCAGUUACACUUGAUGAAAUUGGCUGGUUUACUGGCAUGCACUUUGAUGGUCAUUCCUUCAGCCGAUGCUGUUGAUGCUAUCAAAACAUGUGCCUGCUUGCUUAAGGAAUGCAGGGUAGAACUUGCCAAGUGCAUUGGAAACCCAUUAUGUGCUGCCAAUAUAGCUUGUCUCCAAACUUGCAACAAUCGGCCUGAUGAGACUGAAUGUCAGAUCAAAUGUGGGGACUUGUUUGAAAACAAUGUUGUAGAUGAAUUUAAUGAAUGUGCAGUAUCACGAAAGAAGUGCGUACCUACAAAAUCCGAUGUUGGGGAAUUUCCUGUACCUGAUCCUGCUGUUCUAGUUAGGAAUUUCAACAUUGCAGAUUUCAAUGGGAAGUGGUUCAUUGCUAGUGGCUUAAAUCCCACCUUUGAUGUUUUUGAUUGCCAAUUGCAUGAAUUCCACACAGAGUCCAACAAACUAGUUGGAAAUUUGUCAUGGAGAAUUCGAACGCUAGAUGGUGGCUUUUUCACUCGAUCAGCUGUACAGAGAUUUGUGCAAGAUCCUACCCAGCCUGGUAUACUUUACAAUCAUGACAACGAGUAUCUUCACUAUCAAGAUGACUGGUAUAUUCUAUCAUCCAAAGUAGAAAAUAAGCAAGAUGACUACAUAUUUGUAUAUUACCGAGGCAAAAAUGAUGCAUGGGAUGGCUAUGGUGGUGCUUUUGUGUACACAAGAAGUGCGGUUUUGCCGGAAAGCAUUGUUCCUGAACUUGAAAGAGCAGCUAAGAGCGUAGGACGUGACUUUAACACGUUCAUAAAAACGGAUAAUACUUGCGGUCCGGAGCCUACCAUUGUAGAGAGGAUUGAGAAGACAGUAGAGGAAGGGGAGAGGACCAUUAUAAAGGAAGUUGAAGAGAUAGAACAGGAAGUUGAGAAGGUUGGAAAGACUGAAAGGACCUUGUUGGAGAGGUUAGCAGAAGGAUUUAGAGUGCUUCAAGAAGAUGAGCAAAAUUUUGCAAGAGAGCUAAGCAAAGAAGAGAUGGAUAUAUUAAACGAGCUAAAGAUGGAGGCAACGGAGGUAGAAAAGCUCUUUGGAAAAGCUCUGCCAAUUAGGAAGCUUAGAUAGAUUUCAUUUUGAAAUAGAAUGAGUUCAUUGUUUACACCAUACAUAGUUGCUUUCAUUUUUUAUUCUUUGAAAAAUGUAAUCUGAUCUUGCAUCCAUACUCUUUUCACUUGGUAGAAGAUGAAAUGCCAUUUUCUACUUUUUUCACGUA